AAAUAGACCAGGACUGCAUGUUUAGGGACCAGCUGACAGAGUAGAGACCUGCUGCCACUCAGAGACAUGGAGAGACUGGAGCAAGCUCUGUUCCGCCUGGAACAAGGCUUUGAGCUGCAAUUCCGUCUUGGCCCUACCCUCCAGGGUAAGGAGGUCCAGGUCUACACCAACUACCCUGCCAAAGGCCAUAUGUUCGAUCGCCUAAAGUACCAUUCUUUGGACUGGGUCUACCCAAACGGCAGGGAGGAUGACUCUGAUAAAUACUGCAGACUGGACUUAACGGUGGCUGGAUCCUUCCAGUACUACUUCUCCUGUGGGGAUGAAGAAAAAGUGAGCAGUGGUUACAUUGUGGUUGAUCCAGUGCUGAGGGUGGGAGGCAACAAUGAUGUCCUCCUGCUGGACUGCAUCAGCAGCCAAACAUACUUGGCCAAAUGCCUCGGCCCUCUGGACAAAUGGCUUGACAGGGUCAGGGUUGCAAAGGAGACUGGCUACAACAUGAUCCACUUCACCCCGCUCCAGAAGCUUGGUCUGUCUGGCUUCUGUUACUCCAUAGCUGAUCAGCUGGAGUUGAACCCUGACUUUUCAACUGAGGGGAAGCACUGUACCUGGAGAGACAUCGGUAACCUGGUGGAGACACUGAGGAAAGAAUGGAAUAUGGUCUGCAUCACAGAUGUGGUCUAUAAUCACACAGCGGCUGACAGUGAGUGGAUUCACCUCCAUCCUGAGUGUGGUUACAACCUGGUUAACUCUCCUUAUCUGAAACCAGCAUGGCUUCUGGACAGACUUCUGUGGCAUCUCAACUGUGAGGUGGCUAAUGGGAAAUACGCUGAACAAGGAGUGCCAGCAUGCAUUCAAGAUGAGCAUCACAUAAAUGCUCUGCGGGGCGUCCUGUGGCAGCAGGUCUUCUCCAGGCUCAGGCUGUGGGAGUUUCUGCAAGUCAACGUGGAUGAAGCUGUGGAGCAGUUCAAACAGCUGCUGCAGGAGGGUAGUUCAGGUGUCGGGUCCAGGUCCAGUCCUGAGUGUAAGAAGCAGCUGAAGAUAGUGCAGGACCUUCAGCACAGACGCUUUGGAAACAAAGUGGACAUGAACUCUGCCCUGAACAUUUUCUGGCCUCACAGUAUGAGCCCAUCAGACAUCCAGGAGUGUUGUAACAGUUUCAGAGGGAGACUGGAGGAGCUGAACCUGGAUGCCUACAAAGAGAUGAACCACCAUGCAGAGCAAGCGACUGACUGCAUUGUGAGAAAUGUAGUUCAUGAGCAUCUUUCUGAUCAGGGGCCUAAGCUGGGUCCGGUCUCAAGGAAAUACCCUCUCUGUCCCAGGUAUUUCAUCUUCCCUUUUGAAGAGAUGACCUUUGAUGAGGAAACGCAGUUGAUGGAGCAGAGAGACAAGGCGUGCCACUUCCUGGCACAUGAUGGCUUUGUGAAAGGAAAUGACCUGUCCAGGGACUUUGUUGGACCAGGCUCACAGGUCUACUUGCGGAGAGAACUGGUCUGUCUGGGCAAUACAAUCAAGCUUCGUUAUGGAGAGAAACCAGAGGAUUGUCCUUACCUGUGGGCUCGUAUGAAGUUGUACACAGAGAUUACAGCCAAGGUCUUCUCUGGUGUAUGCCUGGUCAACUGCCUGUCCACCCCUCUGCAUGUGGCUGAGGCGAUGCUUGCAGCAGCCAGAGACAUCAGGCCUAACCUCUAUGUGAUAGCUGAGCUCUUUACUGGCAGUCAGCUUAUUGACAAUGUCUUGGUAAACCGCCUGGGAAUCACCAGUUUGGUGCGAGAUGCUGUGGGUGCUACACACAGGCAGGAGGAGCAGGGGGACUGGCUGUCAUGGUUUGGCAGAGAGCCUGUUGGUGCCUUUGUCCAACCCAGCCUUCGGCCUCUGAUCCCAGCUUUUGCUCAUACAAUGUUCAUGGACAUCAGCCCUAACAAUCACAGUCCCAUCCAGGCAUGUUCAGUGUACGACUUCUUGCCCAGCUCUGUCCUGGUCUCUAUGGCCUGCUGCGCUACAGGCAGCACCAGAGGCUAUGAUGAGCUGCUUCCUUAUCAGAUCUCGAUGGUGGGGGACAAUCAUAUAUACACCUGCUGGAACUCUGAUGCCCAAACAUCUGACCAGGUCAAUCUGCAGACUGGGAUCCUGGCUGGAAAAUUGGCACUGAACCGGCUUCAUCAGCAGCUUGCUGCAGAGGGCUUUACUCAGGUGGAUUUGGAGCAGCUGGAUGAGGAUGUGGUUGCAGUGACCAGACACUGUCCCAGCAGUCAUCAGUCUGUGGUAGCUGUGCUGCGAAGGGCGGUCAAGAAUCCAGAGACACACCAUUAUGCAUUUGAUGUUCCACCUAUGUUCAUACCAGGUCAGAUUAAAGAGGUUAUAUUGGAGGCUCUGACCAUUGUGAGCACCAGCUCCAACAGAAAAGAUGACAAAAACAUAAAUGGCUUGCCAGAGCGCACUGUAGAGAUCAAAGAACACAUCCAGCUAAAGGACAGUAGGGUGGUGAAAAAGGCAAACAUGGUGUCAAAAGAGAACAGUGUUGUUCAGGAGAUAGUGUUUGAGAAGUUCCCACCAGGCUGCAUCAUCAUCUUCAGGGUGACUCUGGAUCCCUGGUCCCAGGAGCAGCUGGGGGCUCUGAGACGCCAACUGAUCCAAUUUAGUCCUCAGUACCAGACUUGCAGCCUGGCUGAACUCCGCACACCAUCUGUUCUCACCAAGCCGCUGAUGAUCAUCAUGUCCAGGCUGACUCUGGCUGACAUGAACAUGCUGCUGUACCGCUGUGAUGCUGAGGAGAGAGAGGGUGGGGGAGGAUGCUACAGUGUUCCUACCUGGUUACCUCUCAAGUAUGGUGGCUUGCAAGGGCUGAUGUCGGUGAUGGCAGAGAUUCGCCCUAAGAAUGAUCUUGGACAUCCGCUCUGUGACAACCUGAGGCAGGGAGACUGGAUGAUGGACUAUGUCUCCAACCGACUCUUGGCCAAGGGUGGAACUGUUGGAGAGGUGGGCCACUGGUUCCAAGCCAUGUUUGGCUACCUGAAGCAUAUCCCCCGCUACUUGGUGCCUUGCUACUUCGACUCCAUCAUCCAGGGAGCCUACACCACUGCUCUGGAGGCUGUUUUCAAACAAAUGUCAAGCUUUGUGCAGAAUGGUUCCAGCCUGGUUAAACAGCUGGCCCUGGGUUCGGUGCAGAUGUGUGGUGUGUGUCACAGCUGGGCACUGCCCACACUCUCUCCUCACCUUAAUGAUGUCCCAUACCGCCUCAAUGGAGUCACUAACCAGGAGGAGCAGUGCUGUAUGUCAAUGGCAGCAGGUCUUCCUCACUCCUGUGCUGGGAUUUUACGAUGUUGGGGUCGCGACACAUUCAUUUCCCUGAGAGGGUUACUGUUGCUAACUGGCAGACACCUGGAGGCUCGGAACAUCAUCCUGGCAUUUGCGGGCACACUACGUUACGGCCUGAUCCCCAACUUGCUGGGCCGGGGCUCUAGUGCGCGCUUCAACAGCAGGGAUGCUGUGUGGUGGUGGCUGCAAUGUAUCCGGGAGUACUGCACACUAGUACCGGACGGUGUCUCCAUCCUCAAAUGUCCCGUCUCUAGGAUGUACCCCACCAACGUGUCUGAGCCUCAGCCUGCUGGAGCCUGGGAUCAGCCGCUGUAUGAUGUGAUCCAGGAGGCCAUGCAGAGACACAUGCAGUGUAUCCAGUUCAGAGAGACCAACGCUGGACCACAGUUAGAUCCCAACAUGACUGAAGAGGGAUUUAAUGUAGAGGCUGGAGUUGACCAGACCACUGGCUUCAUCUAUGGAGGAAAUCGUUUCAACUGUGGAACCUGGAUGGACAAGAUGGGUGAGAGUACAAAGGCACAAAACAAAGGAAUCCCUGCUACACCCAGGGAUGGCUCUGCAGUGGAGAUAGUGGGCCUAUGUAAAUCUAUUGUACACUGGCUCGUGAAGCUCCACAACAAUGGGCACUUCCCCUAUAAAGCAGUCAACAUACGCAGAGGAGGACAGACAUAUUCUGUGUCAUAUGUGGAGUGGGAUUGUAAAAUCCAGGAGAACUUUGAGAAGAAGUUCUACAUUUCCCAUGACCCCGAGGAUUCUGAGGACAAACAUCCAGAGCUGGUCCACAAAAGAGGCAUUUACAAGGACAGUUUUGGAGCUUCCAGUCCCUGGUGUGACUACCAGCUCCGGCCUAACUUCCCCAUUGCAAUGGUGGUGGCUCCUGAGCUGUUCACUGUGGUAAAAGCCUGGGAGGCCCUGGGUAUAGCUGAGAAGAAGCUGCUGGGGCCCUUGGGAAUGAAGACCUUGGAUCCUGAUGACAUGGUGUACUGUGGAGUCUAUGACAAAAACCUGGAUAAUAAUAACUUCAACCAGGCUAAGGGCUUCAACUAUCAUCAAGGCCCAGAAUGGUUGUGGCUUCUCAGCUACUUCCUGCGUGCCAAGCUUUACUUUGCCAAGAAAAUAGGAAAGGAGACGUAUGACAAAACUGCUAACCUGGUGAAAAACAUUCUGUCUCGUCACAAUGUGCACUUGGAGAGGUCACAUUGGAAGGGUCUCCCAGAACUGACAAAUGAGAAUGGCCAGCAUUGCCCGUUUAGCUCUGAGAGCCAGGCCUCAUCCAUUGCAACUAUCCUGGAGGUUUUGUAUGAUCUUUGACCCUACACCCCAAACAACACCAUCAACAAUGACCCCCAUGUGCCUACACAAAUGUAUAUCCUACACUAAAUCUAAUUUCUAAGGAUUCACAAAUAAACAGCAAUUCUAGACCCAUGUUGCUGUACCUCUCCAACAAUGUAUGUGUUAACAUGUGUGAAUGGAGUUUACAGUAAGGGGAGCCAGAGCUUGUUAUCGGAAAUGUGGCUUUAAAAAAAGUUUUUCAUAUAAUGGAAAUGUUCCUGUACGUGGAGGGCUAAAAAGAAUGUCCCCUCAGGGGUGGAGAAGGGCUGAAGCAUCCAUCUUCCUUGAGAACUUAGCCCAAUUAACCCAUUGACAAGGUUACAAAGCUUUUGGCCAUUGUUACUUGUUCAGAGGCUCCUGUUGAAAUUGCACCCUCACAUGCUGUUCAUAAAGUUUAUGGGCUUCAUUGCAUCCUGGUUAAAUAUUACGCCAAGGAUCCGAACCUACUGUAUAACCAAAGGUUCUGGAAUUGUGAUUAGUAGGUUCAGAAUGUAUAAUGUAAAUUAUAUCCAACCCUGUAGUAAGAAAGACAGUCCAGUAACAGAAAUAUUUGAUCCCUGCAAAGCCAUUAUGUGUUUUUCUAAGGCAUUACCAGCAAUAAUUUGUAUGUUGAUAUAAUGACAUGUACCACUGUGUUUUUAAAGGGUUGAAUUAAAGACAAAUAGUAGAUACAGACAGGAGGGGUAUGACACGCAGCAAAGGUGCCUGUCUGGAAUCAUACUUGACAAUUACAAGAUAUAGGCCACCAGAAUGCCCCCAUAAAUGAGACAACAUGCCUGUUCUUGGGUGUUCAAGGGUAUGACACCAAAUAAAACAGAACAUACACAUGGGUGACAUAUACAGUAUGAAGCAAAAAGCAACAUAAAGUGUUUAAGUUAAGUGUAGUUUCACCUGAUCUUACAGAACAGCACACCACUUCUUGUGGUGGAUUCCCUGAGUGUGUGGAACUCUACUGGAGGGACGAACAGCAUUCUUCCAAAAGAUAUUCCCUGAGAGUGCCAUCUAAUACAUCAGUCCAAAAUCUCCCAUAGGUGCUUAGUUAGUUUGAGAACUGGUGAAUGUGAAGAACUAGCAUUUGAUUCUUAUCGUUUUCAUACCUUUUUUCCUUUAAUUUGUCACCUGUCUGUAUCUCAGGGUUAGAUAAAUGCUUUGAAUUUAAAUGGUAAGGUAAGAACAGUGUUCCAAGCCCCUCUAUAUAUCUGCACCAUAUGAUCAGAGUGGUUACUGUGGUUGGAGCCUUACAGAUCAGUUGGGCGAGUGGUUCUAAAACAUGUCAAACUAAGUGGGGACUCAAACCGACUGGUUAAGGGACUUUUAAUACCUUAAGAGUUGAGCCUCUCACAGGAAGAAAGGGAGCAUUUGUCUGAAACUGUGCUGUGUAACUAAACACAUUCAACAUGGUAUUUCAUGUAAUAAAUGAAAAAUAUUAAAUUACAA